AUGACAGUUUUCACCUCACUAGCCUACCCUAAUGUUCGGCUACUCUCUAGUUACAUUUCUCUAUUCAUUACUGAGUCAUCCUUGAUGGAGAGACUUCACUAUAUCAUUCUGGAUCUAGCCCUCAAGGGGGCCCUUGCUCCACAAUUGCUCAUGCAAUACUACAGCUUACUGAAUCCAUCUAGACUAUACAUAGUGUUGAACAUUGCUCCACCCUGCAGUGGCAGCUACCAAUACCCCCAAUAUCCACCAAGAUGUGAUAAUAUCCUUUUUGGAGAAGAUGGGAUUCAAACCCACUACCUUGUCUCAGCAGUGGUGGCCCCAACACCAAACGACCCCCGCCGAGGAACGAAAAAUCGAGAACUUGACGCAAGGUUCGACACCCGCCCCCCCCAACACUGUUUCCAGUCUUUUCCCCCAGGAGACAGAACCAAAUCUAUCCGAUCUCGUAUAAAGUAUCCUGGACGUUAUCUCCGGAGCGAUUCAAGUUCCAUCUCAACGGCCGGCUCCGUAACGUGUUCUUGCAUGGAUCAUGGCCUGCUAGUGGCAUCGGCCCGAAAAACGAAAAGUGAUCAACGGUGGAGAAUAUCGCAGUACAGAGCACAUUCAUUUAAUGCGCGUGAUGCCGAUACCAGUCCCAGCAGGAGAGCUGAACUGAAUCGACAUUGUCAAAGCUCCCGGCAUCCUUCCGCCUGA